UAUACAUCUGGUCUGAUUUAAACUCCUGAAAGUCUUUAUUUUGGAAACAUUUAUUUAUUUUACAACAUAAUAGGCCGUCCUGUAAAUUUGUAAUACUUUCAAAUUCUAAACAGUCGUUCUCUUCAUUGAUAAUAUUUUAAUCACAUUUUGUCUGUAUGAUUAUUGUUUUACACUCGUUUAAUUUUGGCACAAUUGUUUCAUUCUCUUCUGCAAUUGGUCAAGGUUAACGCCGGUAAAUACUUGGGGAAAGAGGAAUGCGUUUCCUCUGUUUCGAUUGGCUGCGGAACAAGAACCUUCGCAAUUGUGUCGUCUUGAGAUCAGCCGCCGCUGAAGCCGAACAUGUCGGAUCCCACUGUUGCAGAUACUCGCCGAUUAAACUCUAAACCACAGGAUCUCACAGAUGCGUAUGGCCCCCCAAGCAAUUUUCUUGAAAUCGACGUUUAUGACCCACAAACAAUUGGAGUUGGCCGGAACAGAUUCACCACCUAUGAAGUGCGAAUGCGGACAAAUCUUCCCAUCUUCAAACUUAAGGACUCUGUUGUGCGGAGAAGGUACAGUGAUUUUGAGUGGCUGAAGAAUGAGCUGGAGAGAGACAGUAAGAUUGUGGUGCCCCCUCUCCCUGGGAAAGCUUUAAAAAGACAGCUGCCCUUCCGAGGAGAUGAGGGUAUCUUUGAGGAGUCCUUCAUUGAGGAGCGGAGGGUAGGCUUGGAGCAGUUCAUCAACAGACUUGCAGGUCAUCCCCUGGCCCAGAAUGAGCGCUGUCUUCACAUGUUCCUUCAAGAUGAGUCCAUUGACCGGAACUAUAUUCCUGGAAAAGUGUGAAUAAGCAGCCCGGGGAUGAAAAUGAUGAUCUACUCAGCCCAGCCCCCCCUUCCCCCUACACCCCCUGGCUGUUUGGCUUUAUCACUAGAGCUCACGUUGCCUCUUCCACAGGGGGCCUCCCCUCACAUCCUCCUUAACACCUGCAUCUGUGUUGGAACGCUCUGUAAAUAUGAUGUACAUAUAUACAUAUCUUAUUUGUAAUCUAUGUCUGGGGAAGCUGUCAGGAUACUUACAUACAGAGCAUUUAACUUGUAGCAGAUGUUUGAGGGAGGAGAAGGUGAAUUCAUGAAACGAGUGAGUUAGUAAGCUACCUUUUGAAACAAGAACAUUUUCUACUUGACUUUAGGCUGAGUCAUUAAGGCUAAUGAUUUAGUAAUAGUUAACACCAAAUUAGAGAGUACUGUGUUGUUUCAGUAACAGAAGUUUGCUUCCUAACUCAUGAAUUUUGCUUGGUGAAGUAGCAUUUGGUGUAAAUUUCUCAUAUGAAAAUGUCAAAGGCUCUGAAUACUUAUUUGAGAGUCCCUAGUUUUUCUUAGUUAUAGAGAUUGAUCCCUAGUUUUUCUUAGUUAUAGAGAUUGAUCCCUAGUUUUUCUUAGUUAUAGAGAUUGAUCCCUAGUUUUUCUUAGUUAUAGAGAUUGAUCCCUAGUUUUUCUUAGUUAUAGAGAUUGAUCUCUAGAUUUUCAAAGGGAAACCUGGCCCACCUGACUUGCCAAACACAAAGAAAACAAUUUAUAUUACGUUCCAUUAAAAACACUUUUAUUAAUGUAUAUGUACUUGACAAUUCAUUCGUGAAUCUUGAUUGAGGAAUGAUUCCACACUAGAAUUGUAUUUUUGCGAAUAAUUAUGAUUGAGUUUUCGGGGACAAAUAUUCAUACAAUCUCAAUUGUCAUCAAAGAUUUCCAUGGCACUUGCUGCAAUAGCAGGGAUGUUAACCCCGAUCUUCUUGGGAAAACUCCCAACCUAGCUUCUCACCACCGUGGCCACAUAAUCAUUCUAAACAUCUCCUCUCUACUGCAACACUAUUGUAGUUUUUUUUUUUUUUUUACUUGUGAAAUAAAGGUUGAUCGAUGGCAAAAAAAAAGAAUGUCCAGCAGGAUACAUUUUUACACUUGCUGAUCCAGGGUUGUGUCUCAGAAGGAAAUGUAUGCAGUGUUUUGGUGCAACUGUUCACUCUGAUCUGAUGAAUGUGUGGGGUGAGGCUGAUUGUACAAAGAUCGGCCCUCUCAGUCUGAUUGCCCUGCAGCCCUGACAAUCACCCUUCACACUGCUGUUUAUCCAACCAAUCGGCGCUUGGAUGCGAGAAGAAUUAUAGGGGCCUCUAGUGGCCAAAAGGCCGUAUUGGCAUGGGCAGCUCGAUUGAGGGUUUCCAUCAUUUUAAUGUAGUCAAUUGGGUGGGACUUCCAACUUCAUUUGCUGAUCCCUCUUGGUACUUUUGCUGGAGUCAUGUCUUACCGGGUCCUCAAGAGUGAUCAGCUAAUCGUGAAGAAGAUUGACAUCUUCAAAAUGGAGAUCCCCUCAAUGGAACUGCCCAUGCUGUGACAGAAGACACUAACAGAGAUGAGUCCAUCUAUCUAUGGUAAUGACAGACUCCCACAUGAUAUUUUCCAAUCUUAAAGGUGUUGCUCAUCCAUUGUACCUAACCACACAACCAUAAAGAACUAUCUCUAAUGGAAACAGCUGUGUGUUGGUGACAAGACAAGUGCUCAGUAUGGGCCUGAACAUCUACCCUGACAGCACUAUAGUGGGCAAACCAAAACCAAUCAGCAUUAAAUGUACAUGCAUAGCCAACCGCUCAGAAAAGCUCCAGCCAAACUUUUUUUUUCAUGGUCCUAGUUCUUGCUGGAUAUAGCGAGCAACAAUUUUUUUCACUGAUGCAGCCGGACAUUUUUGGUAAUCAAGCAACAAAGACAGUCCCUGCUGCCCUGUGAUUGUACUGUGCCUUCUUCCUCGGACAUCCUCGGCCUCACCUCAACAAAAUGAAUGGCUACUCGCCAAACAUUUAAUUGGGGUUUUAUAUGUUCAUGUGUAUUUUCCCGACAUUCAAAUACAUAAAGGCUGAUUGUUGCUUAUUGUUUUUUUUAUUAACGUUAUUGGCCACAGUGUAAUGUUAGUUUAUUAAACCAUUAUGAAAAUAUA